GCUUUUCGUUAUUCCUCGGGCAGCAAUAUCCACCAAUCAAAGGCUUCUUCGGUUCGAUCUCUCUCAUCUCAACCGAAGAAAGCCAAUUCCGUCUCAAUCUCAUCACAUCAUUUCAUCAUCAAUGGAAAUGAAGAAGAUCGCUUGCGCUGCUCUUUUCGCCGCUGCUGCCGUCAGCGCCGCGGUGGCUGCCGAUGAGUCUAUCUCUCCCGCCGCCGCCCCAGGGCCGAGCAGCGCCGCCUCCGCAGCUCUCCCCGUUCUCGGUGCCUCAGUUGUUUCCUUUGUUGCUGCUUACUUCUUGAACUGAAGCCCCCGUUGGAGAGGGAGAGAUUAAUGUAUUUCAAAUUUCAAAUUUUAUGUUUUAUGUUCAUUUUUCUUUAAUGUGUUUAUUUCCAUGGAUGAUGACGAUGAUGAUGUGACGUGACGUCAUAUAUUAAUUGAAAACAAUAAUAAUAAAAAAAAAGAAAAAAAGGAAUCCGGAUUCGUUAUAUUUA